CCAUUACGAAUCUUCGAAAUUGGAAAACAUAUCUCCGUCGGUCGUCGCCUCAAUGUCUCAGGUUGAUAAUAGAAACUCUUCGGCUGCGAAGCAUGCUAGAACGGAUGGUAGUCGUAGGGAAGAUGAUUAGGCAUACCCUAGUUGUUGGAAUGUGAAUUUUUUUUUUAGGACUACUUGCAAUAUGCGCAAUUGCACUCAACUCAAGCCAGCUGGUCAUAAUUCAAAACCUGUUGCGAAGCCUCUACAACCCCCACCAAAUUACUCGUCACCUGCUCCUUAUGUAGGUCCCGGUACGCCAUCUUCAAUGUAUUUGGGUGUACCACCUUAUGGGUCUUCCCUCUUCAAUGGUUCCUCUAUUCCUCCAUAUGACAUUCCAUUUUCUGGAGGAUCAGCUUAUCCGUAUAGCAAUCGUCUUCCUGGUGGCAAUCCCUUUCAGCCCCUGCAUAUGUCUGGGCCACGCCCUUUUUCUACUGGCUCUAUGAUUGGAAAUGCUGGGAUGUAUGUCAUGCCUCCUUUGAUGGACCGUUAUGGCUUGGGCUUGCCCAUGGGCCCCCUUCCAAUGGUAUGUUCAGAAGGUUAA